AUGGCGUCCUCGUCUGGAACCCACUCGCAUUUACAACACUCGAACAAUCAUGAGGAAAAGAUGGAGUUUCUCGAACAAGAAAAUCAAGUGCUCCGAGAGGAAGUGGCAGCCAUGCGAAUUAAGAUGGAUGAAAUGACUGAAUUGAUGAAAAUGUUGUCGGCUGCACAGAAUCAACCACCACCUCCCCCUCCUCCUAUCAGCACUCAGGCCGAAGCAACUGUCUCUAUUGUCCCUCAAUGGACGAUACCUAUCAGUACUUCACCAAAUUCUAUGCCAGAAGGUCGCCCUUGGGGUGUCCCUAUUUGUCUCAGUGAAGUAUUCCGUCCUAUUGCUUGUGAAGCUCAGAUGCCUACUCAUCAAUAUGCAGCUCAUGUUCCUCCGCUUCCUCUAAGAGCUCCUCCAGUUGUCAUGACUUACUCAGCACCUGUAAUGCAUACCAUCCCACAAAAUGAAGAACCCAUCUUCCAUUCAGGGAACAUGGAGCCCGAUGAUAGAGUGAAUGACUUGCGGGAAAAAUAUGAUGAAAUGCAUCGAGAAAUGAGGGCUCUCCGUGGGAAAGAAAAAUUUGGAAAGACCGAACAUUUGAAAAUGUAUGUAAGAAGGAUGUAUGCAUAUGCUCGGGACGAUCAGGUCCUUAUAUUUUACUUCCAAGAGAGUUUGGCUGGUCCCGCCUCAAAAUGGUACACGAAUCUAGACAAAACAAAAAUCCAAACUUUCCAUGAUCUGUGUGAAGCUUUUGUGCAACAAUACGAUUAUAAUGUGGAUAUGGCUCCGGACCGAAGUGAUCUUCAGGCUAUGACUCAGGGAGACAAAGAAACAUUCAAGGAGUAUGCUCAGCGAUGGAGAGAUACCGCGGCCCAAGUUAGCCCGCGUAUAGAAGAGAAGGAAAUGACCAAACUCUUCUUAAAAACUCUCGAUCAGUUCUACUACGAGAAGAUGGUCGGAAGUACGCCCAAGAACUUUGCGGAGAUGGUUGGUAUGGGUGUACAGUUGGAAGAAGGAGUUCGAGAAGGACGUUUAGUUAGAGCUGGAACUUUGGCCAGUGCGGUGGCCCAUGGGAGCUCUCAACCAAAGUAUCAACACAUUGCUGUAGUCACACCCGCUACAAAUGUCAUUCAACAGCCGGGUUAUUCGGGAAAACAGGGUGUUACAGGUUACCAGUCACAAUCCCAACAGCAGCCUCGACAACAGGCUCCAAGGACACGAUUUGACCCAAUUCCCAUGAAGUAUGCAGAGUUGCUCCCAUCUUUGCUCAAAGGGAAUUAUGUCCAGACCAAGCCGCCUCCUCCGAUGCCGGGAAAGUUGCCAGCAGGCUUUAGAGCCGACCUCUCAUGUGACUUCCAUCAAGGGGCACCAGGCCACGAUGUUGAGCGCUGUUAUGUGUAA